AUGGCGGAGAAACGUGGAGCAGUGGAUGCCGAUGGCAGCGCCAUCCCUUCAAACGAGUCAAACAUGCAAGGCCAAGCAAAUAAUGCAUUGGUGGCUGUUCCCGCUGCAAAGCGAUCCAAGAAUGAGAUUGUGCUUGCCGGCUCGUCCUCGGGCAACAAUGGUCAGAUUGUCCCCUCGGGUCCCCCGCGGACGUCCAACCUCAUGGCCCCCGUCAUGCGCCUCGAGGGUCAUGCCGAAGCCGUCUAUGCCGGUACAUUUAGCCCCUCGGGUCACAUGCUAGCCACGGCCGGCUUUGACCGUAACGUUUACGUGUGGAACACGUUUGGCAACUGCGAGAACAUCAUGAGCCUGCAGGGCCACACAGGCGCUGUCCUCGGCCUCCAUUGGGCCAAGCUCGAGAAUCGGUUAUUCAGCUGCUCCUCUGACAAAACCGUCGCCGUCUGGGAUGGCAACACGGGCGAACGUGUCCGCCGGUACAAGGGCCAUGCCAACAUUGUCAAUGACGUUGCCGGCCCCCGCGAUGAGUCGCCUCUUUUUGUUACUGCUUCAGAUGACAACACCAUCAAGAUCUGGGAUUGCCGCCGCCGUGGCUACGUGCACUCGAUGAGCUCCAGCUAUCAGGUUUGGGCACCCCCCCCCCCCCCCCCACCCCCCGCUUGCAGAAGCCUCCAGUCCAUGAAUAGAUGCCGCUGCCCCGACGCCCUGACACUGACGCUACUCCUGCAGGUGACCGCUGUCGACUUUGGCAUGACCAACGACGAAGUCGUGUCUGGUGGCAUCGACAAUGACGUCAAGGUUUGGGACGUUCGCAAGCUCGACGUCCUCCACUUGCUCAAGGGCCACACGGACACCGUCACGGGCCUCAGCGUCAGCCCGGAUGGCAAGAAGGUUGCAACCAACAGCAUGGACAACACGGUCCGCAUUUGGGACAUUCAGCCCUUUGCGCAGGGGUCCCGCCUUCAAACAACCCUCUCCGGCGCCCAGCACAACUAUGAAAAGAAUCUCCUGCGCGUUGCAUGGGCCCCCGAUAACCGCCACGUGGCCGCCGGUUCGGCCGAUCGUAACAUGUAUGUUUGGAACAGCCUCGAGCAAAAACUCUUGUACUGCCUCCCCGGCCACAAGUCUUCCGUCAACGACGUGGCCUUCCAUCCCAAAGAGCCCAUCGUCAUGGCAGCUGCGGCACUCCGCUGCUUCACCCAUGCGCUGCGUCGCUCACGGCUCACAGCGCCCACAACCCCGCUACGCUCAGUAGUCAACAAGCUUUCUCUCACCCGCACCAUGACCUCUACCUCGGCACCCAAUUUCGUCCGCAAGCCAUCCCCCUUUGCACUGUCUCACGGGAAUGCCGGAAUCCAUAGCUUUCAGUUGAUUCACAUGUACAAGUUUUCAGACUUUAGUCUCUACUUCAUGGCCAGCCUACCCGAGGGCGAGACGUGCCCAGAACCCGGCACCAAAGAGUCGGAGCAGUUCCUCUGGAACAUGCCCUACGUCUGCGUGGAACUCACGCAUAACCACGGCACCGAAACGGACCCCGAGUUCAAGGGAUAUGACAGCGGCAACAACGAACCUCACCGUGGCUUUGGCCACCUGGCCAUCCACUGCAACGAUUUGCAGAAGACUUGCGACGAGUUGGAAGCCAAGGGUGUACGACCAUAUACCCGCCACGCCUGCCAUUCACCCUCGUGGAUGCCAUUCUCAUCUUACGACGCCGUGCUUGACCAACUGACGCAGGUCUCCUUCAAGAAGAAACCACACGAGGGUCGCAUGAAGACCAUUGCCUUUGCCUACGAUCCUGAUGGCUACUGGCUGGAAAUCAUUGCCCGGCCCGAGCCCCGCCAGCCUGAGCGCUACACCCUGGCCCAGACCAUGCUGCGUGUCAAAGACAUUGAAAAGUCGCUGCAUUUCUACCGUGAUUGCAUGGGCAUGACCGUGGUAUCCGAACGGCACUUUGGCCCCGACAGUGGUGACUUUUCUCUCUUCUUCCUGGCGCAUCUGCCCGAGGGCGUACAGGCACCCGCUGACCAGGAAAAGGUGCCCGCCUGGCUCAAGUCCUUUGAUUUUCCCGUCUUGGAGCUCACGCACAACCAUGGCACAGAGUCCCAAGCCGACUUUGCGUACCACAAUGGCAAUUCGGACCCGCGAGGCUUUGGUCACACGGGUUUUCUGGUUGACGAUUUGGAAGCUUGCUGCAAGGACUUGGAAGCCAAGGGCUACGACUUUCAGAAGAAGCCCCAAGAUGGAAAGAUGCGUGGCCUGGCUUUUGUCAAGGACCCCGACAACUACUGGGUGGAGCUCAUCCAACGUGGCCUUUCAAUCUAG